UCUCAGCGAAGCACGGCACGCAAACGUGCUGACCCUCAGCAUUAGGGCGCCGUGGUGGGUAACAGGCAGCAAGCCAGACCGAAAUGCAUGAAGCAAUGCUGCCUGCCUGCCUGCCCGCCCGCUUGCUUGCUUGCCUGCCUGGCUACGGCUUCGUGUCGCCUCUUCGAAUUUUUCUGUCCGGCCAUCGAAGGCGAACUCGCUCAAUGGCAGUCAUUUGACACGGAAGCAACCUAUCAAUGGCUGCAAGCGGCCAUGUUCAACGCGGCAGCAAAGCCUCGCAAGAAAAGAAACUGGACCAGCAUCUGUUCAGCGUCUGCCACCUGCAACCAAAACAGUAGCAGUAGCAGCGAGCGAGUGAAGUGCCUGUAUCGCAAGGAAGCAGCAUGGGCCGUGGAUGCAAGUGGUGAUGGCCGCUGCGAUGUGACUGGCUUGAAGUGGCUGGACGUUAUGCGGCCCAAGUCCACGCCCCUGGCACGGAACUGCAGCGCCUGUUGCCAGCACGACUGUGCCGUGUCAGACAGCAGGAUUCAGGAGCGCGACGAGUGGACGUGGACGUGGACACGGUGGGAUUGGAGCGACGAGCCAAAGGAGAUGGCAGAGAUGAGCCAACUGCUCAGCCGAUGGACCACAUACGGGCGGCGUUGGCCCAAAGCGGAGGCUUGCAUCGGCUCGCGGCAUCGUCGUCUGAUUGGGAGCAAUCUCGAGCAGACAGGGGGCAAGCAGAGGUCCCACGCCGAGCCGGGCAGUCCGCCAUUGGAGCCAUUGGAAGCUGGCCUGCAGAUUGACGACGGCGCCCAAGCAGGAUUGGUGCAGCAUUUGCGGCAGAGGUAG